AUGCUCGGCGACGACGCCAUCAUAAAGCUGAAGCGGUCGAUGAGCGAGAGCGAUCACCUCAUCCCUAUGGGUGACGUGACCCCGCCUCGCUCACCGGCCAAACACAAGACGCCAGACUACAGGACAAGGUCCAGUCGUUCCAUCUCGUGGUCGAAGCUAACUGAGUCAAUCAAAGGCAAGAGAGGCCCCUCGUCACGCUCUUCACGCUCUUCACGCACGCCUUCUGUCGAUAAGCGUGAUAUCUCGAGUCCAAUCUUAGACCACCGAAGUCCGUUGUGUCCACCCGCACCCAAGCCGAGGCUCGACGCUGUCCUUCCAUCAACACCUGGCCCACAACGACCUAUAGCACGAUCCAGCCCAGGCACCAUCAAGCCUAGUCUGCCCAACCCGACCACAAGACACUCAUACUCUGUCUCCGAUCCCACAAACUACGUCUCUCCUGGCAGGCGGCCACGUCAGCCUAAUCGUCCCCCACCGCCUCUCCCAAUCUCAACAAGCUACGAGAACAUCACCGGUACCCUAGAAGACAGCCCCUUGGAGCGCAUAGCAGAAUCGCCUUUCGAGCCUUCGGAAGACGCCCGAGUUGAACCACCAAGGCUUGAGAAGGUUCACAAAUAUCUAAAAGACAUGGAGCCUGCACGACUGCAGCCGCCCAACAUGGGUGGCACCAAGGGGCGUGCCAUGCAGCAGGCAAAGGAUAUGGAGCUUCUGGUUGCUGAGAGAGCGAAGCGAGGUGGUGAAGAACCGCCGCCAUAUGACUUCUACGAGCUCAUUGGCAAGGGCGCAUACGGUCGUGUCUACAAAGGAAAGAGCCGCAAUACCGGUGCGCUCGUUGCCAUCAAGAUUAUCGAGAUCGACAAGGUGGAUUAUGAGGAAAUGACACACAAGAACCUCCAGGACACACUCAAGGAGAUUGACAUCCUGCAGCAGCUAAGAGACAGCAAGGCAAGGCCUUACGUCAACAUCAUCGAGGAGGCUAGACCUGUACACAACGAACUCUGGAUUGUCAGCGAAUAUGCAAGCGGUGGUAGCGUCAACACUCUGAUGAAGCCCACAGCCAUGACGAAGGACCCGGGUCCUGGACUGGCGGAGAAAUUCAUCAUACCCAUCGCUCGUGAGCUGGCUCAAGGUCUCAAGUAUAUACACGAAGCUGGUGUGCUGCAUCGAGAUCUGAAGUCCAACAACGUUCUUAUCCUCGAAGACGGCCGUGUGCAAUUAUGCGAUUUCGGUGUUUCCAACACCCUGGAACCUGAAAGAUCGAAGCGCUCCACUAUCGUUGGUACACCUUUCUGGAUGGCCCCUGAGCUGCAGAAGGAGUGGGUAAAGGAUGCAGAUCCGCACAGUUUGAUGCAGCCUAAGGAGAUAUCUUACGGCAACGAGGUUGAUAUCUGGGCAUAUGCCUGUACUGUCUAUGAGAUGGCUUGUGGCUACCCACCGCACCACAAGAUUGGGCAAUUCGAUUUGCCAACAGCUGGUGUUCCUGUGCUUGAAGGCGAUCGCUUUUCUCAAGAACUGAAAGAUUUCCUGGCCUUCGUCUUUCAACCAGAGCCACAAGAUCGACCGACGCCUGACCAAAUUUUGGAGCACCCCUAUCUUGCAGAUACUACUAAGAUGUACCCGACUGUAUCGCUCGUCAAGCUGGUCGAAGACUACUACCUCUGGGAGCAACAAGGUGGUGCACGCCAGUCGCUAUUCAACCCAUACGGUGCUCAAGCGCCAGACCCGCUUGCCCCAGAGGCGGAGGACGACGACGACGAUGAUUGGUCUUUCAGCACAUCAGAAGAAUUUGAGCAAGAACGUGCAACACAAUUUACUGACCCCUUCGCUGGCGGAGCAGGCUUCAAUGGAAUGGGCCUACCACCUGUCGCGGAUAUGGGACGAUUCGAGCAGCUCCAGGCCAGGUUCAAGGAAGAGUCUAUCGUUAGAGGACAGAAACGUCUGAACAAACUAUUCGAUACAAACACGACGCCAUACAGGUAUAGUGCCGUCGAUAUGCCGGACCCGCCGAACGGGCGCCCUCCAUCUGACUUGGUUUUACGCGACUUCAACCCUGGCGCGCCCAACCGCGAGACGGUCAUCGACUUGGACUUUUCAAUGCCGUCAGCAGAUGAGAUACCAAGUAUUGACCUGGGCGAAGUGCCCACCAUCCGUGCAAAUCGUAUGAAGAGCAUCAUACGGGAGAUGGAAGAGGAAGAGGAGCGCCGGGAUGCUUUCAACGAGGAGGACGAGAUGACUAAACGAGCCACGAAAGACUGGACCUUCCCCAGCAUGAAUGACGAGAAUCGAAAGACGAUGGAGUGGUCAUUCCCGGGAACCAAUGAGCAAACUAACCGCAAGACUAUGGAAUGGUCAUUUCCAGGAGCCACUGAGCAACCUAACCGCAAGACGAUGGAGUGGUCCUUCCCACAGCAGCCUCAAAAGCCCAACCGACGUACGGUAGAAUGGACAUUCGACGCUGCAAUGGCAGAAGCCAACAAUGAGGCCCCAAGGAACCGCGCUUCGAAUCGGAUCUCACGACGACGUGAGACGAAGGAGUGGACAUUUCCCAAGCAGGACGAUAAUCGCAAAACUCGAGACUUUGCCUUCCCAAUGGGUAGUCCGACGGAACCGUAUCGCAGCCAGCACACCAAGACGGACUCUUCUUCGCCAGGCCUUGCAUCUGGUUUCCGACCAAACCUGCGCCAUGCUCAAACAGCACCACUUCAGCCUGCUGUUGAUGACAAUGACUAUCCUGAGAUGAUCAGCUCUGCGCCCAACUCUCCGCUGCGCUCGUCCAUGAUUGAUCUGGAUAUGGCGAUGGUAGAAGACUACCGUCCGUCCACUUCUGGCUCUGAGAUCCUUACAGCAGGAACAGAGCGUAUGAACGAUAAUCCGUUCAACCUCGAAGACCAGGUACAACUAUCACAAAAUAACCACCGCGCUUCCUUCCACAUGAAGUCGCAAUCGGAACCAAACCAGACGGUGCCAGGAUUAUUGACACCUCAACAGUACGAUGAACAAGGCCAUCCUACAAACCAAGACCCACACCAUCCCAGUAUGCACGCCCGAGGGGUCAGCUCAGCAAGCCAGGUACAAUCACACGCGAAACCAGCACCCACUUCUGGUCAAUACCACCGCGGUAAUCAGCGCUCUCAGCAAAUCUGGGAUGGUUGGUCACACAACAUGGCAUACGGACUCAGCAGCGACGAUCAAUCUCCUCCCAUGAGCGUAACAACCGACACCUCACUCGAAGAAGAAGACGUUGACGACCUCUGGGACACCUUCGAACGUCUCAACCUUGCAGCGCAACGACGUCCAAUGGGACAACCAUCAGCCCCUCUCCGUUCCUCACGUAGAAACGACUCUACAUCCACAACCCUUACUUCCACGACGUACAAUCUCGAUUCCGAUACCGAUGACUCGUCUUACCACCACAGUAACCAGUACUCUUCAUCCUCGGAUUUCGAUCAACACGAUACUCCGCGCUACAGCCGAAAAUCCACAACCGUUAGCGUCGGUCCAAAUGGGAAACCGCUUGUAGAGUUUCCCAUUCCGACCGGUCCUGAGGUAGGGGCGCUGUUAGGCGUGGACAUGGAUGCUAGGGUUAUGGCGGACAUGUUGCUCAAGAGUGCGGUCGAAUUGAGGGAUGGGACGAGGGCUAGUAGAGAUCUGCUGAGGGCAAUGCGGUUACAGGAUGUUGAGGGCGAGGAUGAAGGUGACGAAGGAGCGGAUGAGGAGAUGAGAGGGGGUACUGUUCGGUUGAGGGGGCCCGGAUGA